CACGUCUCGCGUUCAGCCCGUGCUCGGCGGCCUGCGUCCUCGCUCUCUCGUCUGUUUGAUUUCCGUCUGCUUCUCUUUCUGCCGUUCGUCUUCCCGACCCUCCUCUUCCUCCUCUCGUUAGUCUUCCUCUCCCACACUUCGACCCAGAUUCUGGUUUUUCCUGAGUGCACUGCUGGGUUUGCUGUUUGACUGGGAGGUGAGCUGGGGGAUGAGAUUUGGGACUGGAGGCGCUGGAUGAGUGUCGGCGAGGGAUUUAGCGAUGCAGCUUAUCGGGGGCAGAGAUGGGAAACUGCAGCUUUCCUGCCUCGUUGCUCUUUGUUUAUUUUGCAGUGUGGAUGUUGGACUCGUGUUUAGCCGGCUGCUCAUCUCUUUCAUGGCUCAUUUUAGGAGGAUUGUUAGUGAAAGAGUCAAAUCUGCUCAGUUUUCAGUCUUGUGUUUCUUGUGCUUGGACACAGUGUUUCACUGCUGCUGUGGACGAUGGAGAGAUCAAUGAGCUCCUCUUUGUUCUCUUUGGCCUUUUUCUUCUUCCACAGAAUCACACGGAGUUUAAAGUCACGCGUGUCAUAGUUUGAAGUCCAUGACGCUGGGAGGUGGAGGUUACUGCGCACAUAUCACGGUCCUGAGAUCAUGUUUGUGUUUGUAGUCAGUCGUGUCGUCCGCUCGGUGCAAACUUCAUGUUCACGUUGCUGCGUUUGAGUCCCGUCCAAGACCGCGGGCUCCACUCCCCCUGUCCCGCCCUCUGACUCCCGCCGUGGCUGAUUGGGCUGGUCCCUCAGUCUCUGCUCCAACCAGACUGCACCGUCAGUCACAGUCAUUAACCGCGCACAUCUGUAGUCCACUAUGAGCCGUCUGCUGAACCGGAUCAAGUCGGUGUUUCUGCUGUCGUCGGUGUACCUGGAGGGAGUCGUUUUGUUGUGUUGUGUAGCUGAUGUCGCGUUUGAGGACAGCGCUUCGUGUUUGCACAUCAGCAGUGAGACAAGCGUGGCAGAGUCCAGCCCGCUGUGGUCAUCUGUGAAAUGGCAGACACUCGGCGCUGAGGGAGGACGAGGAGCCCUCAGGUCGCAGCAGAGCUCCGCCUCGACGCGCCCUCCGGGUUAAACCGUGUCAGACUCGGGUUCUAGGUCCGCUGUCAGGACUGACAUGGUUUCACUGAAGCCUUCAAACACUCAGGAUGGAAGAGGAUUCAUUUAUGUUUCGAGAGAAGUUGAACGUCAUGUUUUAAUUAAGUGGUAAUUUAAGUAUAACAAACACAGUGUGAGCUGAGUGAAACGAGUGAAGUCAGAGUUUUAUAGAUGAAAGGAAAGAGGAGCCAAAUAAUCUCAUACCUCACUUAUCUUGUUCCAAUAAUCAGCCAAAGCCAGAAUUCCAGUUGAUUAAUCGCACAGCCUCCGGCUGAAGGGCGAAUGAAGCAAAAGGACGAAGAGCGAUGAAGAACUCUUCAAGUCUUAGUUCUGAUCUGUGACUCACAACAUCAUCUCAGACAUUUUAUUUCUGCGUUAUUGUGAGAAACAGCCGUGUGCUUUUCAUCGUCGUUUUUUUAGCGCUCGGCUGUAAAAGGCUGGUGACAGAGGUCGUCUCCUGAAAUGUUCUCAGUGACCUCGGCCUCAGCUGCUUCUGCUUUUCUCUCAUCACUUUAACAGUUCGUCCUUUUUCUUUGUCUGUUACUGAAGGACGAGGUCAGAGGUCAAGUUUUCUGAAAAUCGCGUGAACACAAAGAGGAACGUCACCCAAGUCGUUUGAUCGAUGCUGUGCUACCUGCAGCCCGUCCGUGUUUCUGAUUGGUCGGAUGCUGAAAACUCCGCCUCUUGCGUGUGAACACCCUCAUGGUCUCACUGGGAAAUCUUGAGUUUGUGCUACCCGCAGUGCACGGUUUCGGGAAAGCAACAAAUGCGUGCAGGUCGACAGUGAUGUCACCACGCGCACGUAGAAUGCUGAUUGGUUUAAAAGCUGACUUGGACAGGAAGAGGAGCACGAGCGGCGUCAUUAACCUGCAGGAGGAGGGCACGGCAGUUUUCAGCGUCCUGUCCUCUCAGGAGUUCAACCAAAGCACAACAGCAAACAUGUUUGUGACACUGCCCCCUGCUGACAGCGCAUGACAGACCAUGUGACCCUGUAGCCUGAGUCAUGAUGUCAGAGUGGGUGGAGCCAAAUAAGGGAAGGAUGUCGUGGACAUGUUGAAUCUGCCGGAGCGAGCUGCCGUCUUUAAUGUGGCUGUUCAGACACCAUGAGGUUUCCAGCCCAGCUGGUUAUUUAUACACUAACAACACUCGUGCACGUGAUUAACUUCCUGGGCUGAUGGCGUGCACUGCCUGAAAGCCGUCAGUUUACCUUUGGAGGUCCAACAUGUUACCUGUGCAAACGGGGCAACAGAGGCAAAAGCAGAGGGUGUGUUAGUGGUUUUACCCUCCGCUGAGCCCCCAGCUGCUGAAGCUAAACCUGCUUCAUUUCCUCUCCUGCUCUGCUGCCUCGCUGAGACUUGUUCCCACAGUCCCACAGCUCCUCGGAAACUUCCUCUGGAGCGGGGAGGGCGGCGGAGGCGGGGGCUGAGCGAGGGGGCAGGAAGGACCGGAGCUUUUCUUGGCCCGGCGUCUGAGACCAGCUUCACCACAGCCAGCUUUUCAUAACCCAAGCUGGCACUGACAGCCGAGAUAACGUUCAGCCGUUACAGCACGAAUGUGUUUCAUUUAGACCCUUCAAGAAAAAUACUGACACACAUCGAAUCCGAGCGAUUAUUGGAACGCCAGCAGGAAACGAUCAGAGUCCACCAGGGUGAGGACGAUGCUCUCCUGAUUCUCGGCGUCCUCGUCCACCCCGUCGCCUCCACCAUGAACCACACUCCCAGCCCCCACCUGUCCGACGGCGGCAAGCAGGCCGGCGGCGGCCUGCUGUGCAGCUUGGGUCUGGGAUCCGACCGGGGCGUCCGCUCCCCGGACAGCCUCACCCACACCCCCAGCCCCACGGGAGGAACGCCCAGCUCCAGCCCCCCGCUGCUGCUGUCGCCCGGCCUGGGGGGCCUCGGGCUCGGCUCCCUCGGGGCCAUGGGCGAGGCAGCCGGAGCCGACUGGGAGAGCAGGGAGGAGCUGAGGCUCAGGGAGCUGGAGGAGGCUCGGGCCAGGGCCGCCCAGAUGGAGAAGACCAUGAGGUGGUGGUCGGACUGCACCGCCAACUGGAGGGAGAAGUGGAGCAAGGUUCGUGCGGAGCGUAACCGAGCGCGCGACGAGGUCCGUCAGCUCAGGCAGCGGCUGGACACCCUCACCAAGGAGCUGACCGGCAUCCGGCGCGAGCGGCAGGAGCUCGCCUCGGAGAACGAGACGCUACGGCAGGAGACGCUGCGCCUCCGCGGCGACCACGCAGCCCCGCCUCUGUCCGCCACGUCCCCUUCCUCCUCACCCGCGCACCCCCACGGCGCUUCCUCGUCAUCCUCGCCAUCCAUCCCCCCUUCCUCCCCGGCGUCAUCCUCCUCUUCCUCUCAGGUCCACGGCGACGUGAAGCUGGACAGGGCGGCAGAGGGACCGCCGGGAUCUCCAGAACCAGAACCGGUGAGGGACGUGGACUUGGACAGGCAGAAGACGGGUCAGAAGGACCUGGAGCUGCUUGAUUCAGUGCUGCGCUCCCGAGCUCCGGGCGCUGACGCUCAGGAGGCCUGGGAUGGCCGCGGCGGCGUCAACCCGGCCGGCUCGCGCCGGCAAGAGCGCAGCCGACAGCUGUGGGAGGACGCGGGCACAGCGGAGGAGGACUCGAGCAAACUGAACGCUCUGCAGCUUCGCCUGGACGAGUCCCAGAAAGUCCUGCUGAAGGAGAGAGAAGACAAGCUGGCUCUGAGUAAGAGCAUCGAGAGACUCGAGGCUGAGCUCAGUCAGUGGAAACUGAAGUACGAGGAGCUGAGCAAGAGCAAGCAGGAGGCUCUCAAACAGCUGAACCUGCUGAAGGAGAUGCACCAGGACGAGCUGGGACGCAUCUCCGAGGACUUGGAGGACGAACUGGGAGCUCGAACCAGCAUGGACAAGAAGCUGGCCGAACUACGAGCUGAGAUGGAGCGGCUGCAGGUGGAGAACGCCGCAGAGUGGGGGCGUAGAGAGCGCCUGGAGACCGAGAAGCUGGGCCUGGAGAGGGACAACAAGAAACUGCGAGCUCAGGUUGAAGACCUGGAGGAGCAAUUAGCCAAGCAGCGCCGGCAGGCCGCCUCCGCGCUCGACAGCGACCUGAAGGCCAUCCAGACCGAGCUGUUCGAGAGGAACAAGGAGCUGGCCGACCUUCGCCACAUUCACGCUAAGCUAAAGAAGCAGUUCCAGGAGAAGACGGCAGAGCUCGCCCACGCCAACCGGAGGGUCGAGAGCCACGAGGCCGAAGUUAAAAAGUUACGACUGAGGGUGGAGGAGCUUAAGAAAGAACUGGGACAGGCUGAGGAUGAGCUGGAUGAGUCUCAAAACCAGACCCGGAAGCUGCAGAGGUCUCUGGAUGAGCAGGUGGAGCAGACGGAGAACCUGCAGGUGCAGCUGGAACACUUACAGUCGAGACUGCGGCGGCAGCAGCAGAGUCCCGGCCUCUUCGGGAAGAUGCGAUCGGCUCGCUUUGGUCCUGAGAACCCCGACGGUCCCAGCAGCGAUGUGGACGAGGAGGACGAGGAACUGCAGCUCCAGAUCCCAUGACACACACACACACCUGCACGCACGCACGCACGCACACACACACCAACAUCAGCAGUCGCGUGACGAUGGUGAAGAUUGUCGCUCUCGGCUGAAAGCUGAUGUUUGGCAACACAAAGUAAAUCAGUCCCAACCAGCGAGCAACAUGAAUCAGCUUUACAGCGCACCUGUGCAUGCACCUGCAGCGACAGGUGACGGUGUCUUCGACCAAUCAUCAUUUAGCAGGACAAAGAAGUUUCAACAACAGACGUUAUCCUUGCAAACACACACACACACACACACACACGCACACGCACACACACACAGCAGGAUGAAGCCCAGCGUGACAGGCAUGAACAGGAAGUCCGGAUCGUCUGAUCCUCAUUAAAAGAACUUAACUCAGACCGAACUGCAGGACAAGCCGACAUGUUUUUAUCCUUUCCACGUGCUCGCUCAUUCUUACCUCACACCAUCGUCACGAGCAUCACAGCUGCUCCAGCUGUGAUGCUGUAUUCACAUCUGCAGUAUUAGAACUCCGCCCAGAGGGAGAAAAGCCUUUCGUGCCGUCUGAGGUUCGAAGAGUUCAAAAAAAUUAUUUUAUGCAGUGUUUCUGAAUUUGAGUUUUUCUGCCAAAUACCAAAGUGUUUAAAGUUCACGGGCCUCGCUGAGAUCACUCGAACGCAGCAUUCACACGCAGGAAACAGGCGGCUGAGGAGUGUGACGCUGCUCCACGCGACGAUGUCACGACAUGACGCUGUGCACCUGUAUACCUGCAGGGAUCACAGGCUUACAGGUGUAAGGCGUCCGCUUUCCUCUGCUCCCCUUCUGAGGCCACUCGGAGCGAUUUAAGUCUCUGUAAGGGAGUGGGCGGGGCCAGGCUGCAGGAAGAAGUCCCGCCAACAGCAGAUAUUCAGAACACCCGCUGAGCUGUGUAAUGUUUACUAUAAUGUGUUCUCAGCAGGACUGAAGCUGAGUGGAGCUUAAAGUGUGUGAGGAAAAGAAAGCUUCACAUCUAUGAGGGAGGAGUCAGCGAGAGAGGCGUGGCAGGGCGGAGUCAGAGUGUUUGGAGCAGGAGCACCUGUAGGUCCGGCUGUGUGUCUGCUUUUAUUUAACCUGAGCUGCUUUCUGCUCGCUUCCAGGGAGAUAAUCACUAACACUAGCAUUAGCCCAGGGUACACCUGGGAUCAGCCUCUCACCUGGAGUUCAGGUGUUCCCCAAAUCAAAUGCACGUGUCUCCUGUUGAUCCACCUGUGUAGGCUUCCUGUGAGUUCUCAGUUUCAUGCUAGAAAACAUCCACAAACCAAAUCCUCUGUGAGCGGUUUCGUGGAGGAGCCUCCAUCCUAACCCUUCUUUUCCACCAAACUGCCUCCACCAACCAUGUCAGUGUGCAUCCACCUGAGCCUUCUUACCUCAGAGUGUCACAUCCUGCUGCAGCUGCAUCGCUGACGGCACAAUUUGACGCCCUGGAGUGCGAAUAGGUCGGCCGAGCUGUGACGUCAGCUCGCUGCGCGCUUCUUUGCUUUAGCGGAUGUAGACGGUGGGAAGAAAGUAGUCCCUAAAUGAAACUGCAGGGUGUGUGUUUUCUUUGUUUUUAAGUAAGUGGGUGAGAUACCUACGGUGGCCCUGAGAGACGCUGCAAAAGCACACAAAACACAACAGAAAUAGGAAAAAACACGUUUUCAAAAGCACAAGGGAAGUGUUUCUGGGGAGACAAUAACCCGACGGACCAGUUGCAGGAACCAAAAUAUGCUAAGAAUCUCACUGGGAGACUCUUCAAAGAUGUGGAGGAUCUAUCGGUUUUGUGAGGAAAGAAAAGAGGAGAGAUAAGUGUGUUAGCCUAAGAAUCUGUCAUCAGUAUUAUAUGAAUCCAUCCACCCGCUUCUUUUUUCAGGGU